AUGACGAUACCCUUCGAACCUGCCGCUUGCUUGGCAACUGGCAAAGUUGCGAUACCCAUUCGACCUCUACACGUCGUCAGUGCUCUAAUCCGCUCUUCCUCGCUCAGCACACGUACCGGUCACAACGUUUUCCUCAAACUCGACUGCGAUCAGCCCUCGGGCUCAUUCAAAAUCCGCGGUAUCGGUGCUAUCUGUCAAAUGGCUAUCGCACAACAUGGUGCGGAGAACACGCACCUGGUCUCGUCGUCCGGUGGUAAUGCCGGGUUGGCCGUUGCGCAUGCGGCAAAGAGCGCCGGUGUGGGCUGUACAAUCUUUGUGCCCUUGAGCACCGAGGCGGAUGUUGUGGAGAAGCUGAGGCUGCAGGGAGCCGAGGUGGUCGUCGGCGGUGAUGCAUGGGAUCAAGCCGAUGCAGCAGCGAGGGUAGAGGUGGAGUCGAGGAAGGCAAGUGUUUAUGUGCAUCCGUUUGAAGGAGACCAGUUGAUUGCUGGACACAGCGGAAUGGUAGACGAGAUGUUUGAUCAGCUGCAAAAUGUAGAUGUUUUGAUCAGCUCAGUGGGUGGUGGUGGCUUGUUGAGAGGUAUAAUGCACGGUGUGAAACGACGAGGAAAGGAGAGCGAGACAACUUUGGUUGCCGUACAGAACUUCGGCGUCGACUCUUUCAAUCGCUCUCUCGACCGGUAUCUCUCUCAGAAAGAUCAAGAGCUGCCAAACGACGUAGUGACGCUGUCUGCGAUCGAAAGCAAAUGCACCAGUAUGGGCACCACAAAGUGCUCACUAACAACGCUUCACGACGCGAUCAACUUCACACGCACCAAUGGAGAGAUCACAACGCUGACCGUGACCGAUCGUCUUUCCGAAUCUGCCUGUUGGCAGUUCGCCCGACACGAAUGCGCCGACGGAAAGACGAGAAAGGUCGAGCUCAGCUGCGCCUCGGCACUGGCACCGGUAUACCACCCGUGGAUCCUCGACAGACUAAUCGAGGCAAGUGGCAGGUUGAAGCACAAGGUGGAGCAAGGCACCAAGUUGAACGUGCUGGUAGAGGUGUGUGGUGGAAGUAAAGUGAAUGACGUAUUGCUGGACGAGUAUGAGAGGCAAGCAGGGCUCAUGGAACACGGCGAUACGGUGCGAGUGAAUGGUGUUGACUUUCCAUCAAAGUCUGGUUGA